AAUAAAAAGGGUUAAAUAACUGGUCAUCGUUGUUCAUUCCGAUCGCGCACAUACGCAGACUUAUAAAUAAGGUUGGGGAGGCAUUGCCGGAAGCGAACACCUUCUUUUGUUUUCCGGCGAUAUCCUUGUUUCUUCCACUCUUUUCCGGCGAUUCCAUAUCCCCGCAACCGAACAUGACUACAUCAAGGCGCCUUGCGGACAGGAAGGUUGAGAAGUUUGAGAAGAACAUCUUAAAAAGAGGGUUGGUGCCAGAAACAACUGCUAAAAAGGGAAAUAACUAUGCUGUUGGCCCAGUACUGCUGGGUUUCUUCAUCUUCGUUGUCGUUGGAUCAUCUCUCUUUCAGAUAAUCAGGACAGCAACGACUGGAGGCAUGGCUUAAUCAGGAUAAGCAUAUUUGUUUGCUUUGGAUUGUGUCAUCUUCUCUUUCCUAGCCCUGUAGAAAAUCGCAUACUUUUCUACGUGUACUUGUACUAGACCCAGUUCCUGUUCAUGUUGUGAUGAAUUUUAAGGAUUUUUAAUUAAAAAUAUAAGUAUUAUACUUAUUUAAUUUUACCGAAGUGAUUGGGGAUACCU